UCCGAGCUGUGAGCAGCAGGGGGCAGUAGUGGGACGACAGAUGACCUAUUCUGUGAGGCUGCAGCAUCCUACAGGCGGCUGCUUCCUAUAGCUCGGAUUCAAAGACGGACAUGGCUGCUGCUACACUGCACUCAUUUAACGCAUUCCUUACAGAGAGGCUAACCGCUGCUGCCGUGGAUAUCUAUGGGUUCGUUGAAAAGACGGUUGUGGAGUACCAGGAGGAGGUCUACCGAACCCAGCAGGAGAACCAGAGGCUACAGCGCCUCCUGGAUCUAGUCUACAAGCCGGAGAUAAGGCUUCAUAGGACAGAUGCCAAGCCUCCUGCUGUACCUGCUUCCACAGACGAUAUUGCUCCUAUGCAGCAGUUGAGUUUUGAGGAGAUUUCAGAGGUCAAAGAGGAACAGAGGGAGGAGCUGUGGUCCAACAGUACAAAGGAGCAGGCGUCCGUGGAGGACAGCGAUGAUGGUGACGCUUUGACAAGAGAGCUAAUUAAAACUGUGCAGCAGUUAGAGGACUGCAGAGCAGCGGAGGAAAGCAGAGAGAUACAGCAGACUUCUCCAGAAGAUCCAAAACUGGCUGAGGAAAAGACAACCACCACUUUGUACCGCUGCCACAUCUGCAACUACAUAUUCACCAAAAGGAUUGUGUUGACAUGGCACCUCAAGAUGCACGAAAACAAGUCCAAAGAUGGCAAGGGCAACUUCAACUGUCACAUCUGUGGCAAGCACAUCCCCUGUCAGAGCAACCUGCAGAACCACAUGAGAGUCCACACAGGAGAGAGGCCCUACAGCUGCCAUUAUUGCGGCAAGGGCUUCAAGCUGAAAGGACACAUGACCGAACACUUGAGGACUCACACAGGUGAGAAGCCUUUCAGCUGCCACAUCUGUGAUAAAUCCUUCAACAGAGGCUCCACUCUAAGAAAACACGUGUUUGCCAAACACAAAGAGGAGAGGCCGUACAGAUGUGAUUAUUGUUAUGAGUUAUUUACCGAAAAGCUGCUGAUGAAGAGACAUAUAAGGAAGGUCCAUGGUGUCAAACCACAAUCUCCCAGUCAGAGCCUGGCCUAACAUGGCUUUAAUGGUGCAUGUUUCUGGUAGUAGAAUGUAAGUGCUAAAUACCGUGAAAUCUUUCACACUGUUACUGUGAUGACUUUAAUUCAAUUUAUGUUGAACCUUUUCCUAACUUAAACGUGGACUAUCUGUCAUUAUAAGAAAUGUUGUGUUAUUUAAAUAGUAGAUUUAUAAUAUUAUACUUGAUGAGUUUUGUGGGAACCUCUGAAGAAAAAAAAUGAACAGAUAGCAUCAGACUUGAAGACUACAUGAAGAGUUUAAAACAGUUUAUCUAAUAAGGAAUAAUGGCGGUCAUACCAGCUAUUCACUUUCAAGCUUGUUACAGUUAAAAUUAGUUUUAUUGUGUUUUGUUCAAGUUAAUUAAUGCAGUGGAAACAUGUUGAUGUGUGGCUUGAAACCAUGAGAUCACCAACCCUACAGCUUCUUACUUACAGUCUAACAGAUAAAACAGAGACUUUAUUCUAGCAUUAGUCAUUUUUUAAACAUUUAUUCCUAUGAAAGUAAAUAUCUUCUAACAACGGAGGAUAAAUGAGCCCAGACUGAAAGCAAAUAGACCAGAGUUCAGGCUUCCAACAGUUUUUCCUGAAAAAAAAAAUUCCAACAUUCCCAGUCCUUUACAAUCAUUUGAAAAUAUAAAAAAAUAUUCAAUGUGCAGAGUUCAUACAUGUGCUUGAAAUCCUUAAAAAUGCUUGUAUUUCAACAAGGUGUUUUCAAUGUUUGGAAAGUGCUUGAUUUCUGUAUAAAGUCCUUUACAGUGCUUGAUAUUCUAACUGCACAGUUUUGUAAUAAAGAGCAACAGUUUGAUUAAAAA